GACGACUUAUGGCCCCACUCAAAUUCGUUUUUGUUUGUGGUUUAUGGGCCUUGGCUAUGGCGUUGGAUAACGGAUUGGCAAGAACCCCACCAAUGGGUUGGAUGUCAUGGACUGCCUUCAAAUGCGAAAUGAACUGUACGGCUUACCCAAACGCUUGCAUCAAUGAACAACUUUAUCAGAAGAUGGCCGAUAGAUUGGUAUUGGACGGAUACAAAGAUGUUGGUUAUAACCAUAUCCAUAUCGACGAUUGUUGGAUGGCUCGUAAACGAGAUGCGAAUGGAAGUCUUGUUGCUGAUCCAGAUAGAUUCCCAUCGGGAAUGAAGGCACUUGCUCAGUAUAUGCACGCUAGAGAUUUGUACCUUGGAAUUUACGAAGACUACGGGUUGGAAACUUGUGCAGGUUUCCCCGGAAGCUAUGGGCAUAUUCAGAUGGAUGCGAAUACCUUCGCUGAGUGGGAGUGUGAUUAUCUGAAGCUGGAUGGCUGUUAUAUGUUGCCGACAGAGGGAGGCAUUGGCUAUCCCGAAAUGGAGCGAGCUCUAAAUGCUACUGGAAGACCUAUAAUGUACUCUUGCGAAUGGCCUUCAUAUUUAUACCCCGUUCAGCUGGAGGUAAACUACACAGAGAUCCGGCAAUCAUGCAAUCUUUGGAGAAAUUUUCAUGACAUUUCCAAUUCCUGGCACUCAGUUCUGAGCAUAAUAAACUUUUACGAUAAAUGGCAAGACAAGCUCAUUCCUGCUGCUGGACCAGGAGGUUGGCAUGACCCGGACAUGCUUAUUAUUGGGCUCGACCCGGGACUGACCGUUGACCAGGCUAAGGUUCAGAUGUCGAUAUGGUCAAUCUGGUCUGCUCCAUUGAUAAUGUCAAAUGAUCUACGAGCAAUCGAGCCGCAGUUCAAAGAAAUUUUGCAAAAUCGUGACGUCAUAGCUAUAGAUCAAGAUCCACUCGCUAUCAUGGGGCGAUCAGUCUUGAAUUCCCAGGACAAUGGUGUCUAUAUGAAACCAGUCAUGCCAACCAAAAAUAAUGCGACCUCGUUUGCAAUUGCUGUACUCAACAGACAUGACAAUAAAGCCUAUACCGUUCAAUUCGCUCUUUCUCGAGUCGGAUUGAACAAUACAGCAGGUUACCAAAUGAAGGAUCUUUGGAGCAAACAAGACAUGAGAGUGAUGAAACCUUCCGAUACGCUGAAGCUCAGCGUUCCACCGACUGGCAUUUCUAUGCUGAAAGCUACGUUGAUAUAA